UUAUUCUAAUUGUAUAGUGAAAGUACUAUGUACUUGCCUAUCUUCUCUGCAUUUUGAAAUAAUCUUAAAAUAGUUUGUAACCGUUACAAAACAAUUUUCUUAUCAGAAAUACAUAAUAUAUGUCAGCAUAAUUGUAAUAUAUAAUUUGCGUAAACUGAAACACUGUGUCCCCGUCAUACUAUACUGACUUUGGUUGUACAAUUAUGUUGUUUAUACAGUUGUUUAUUACACCAUUAUCGGAUUAUUUACGUCAUUGUAAAUAACUUGGCAGUGUUCCCUUGUUUGUGUACGGUUUUGUUGACUCACAAACGUUUUGAACGCCUCGUUGGUGACAGCGAGCUUGUUUUAAUUUGACCUUGAACCUACAACAGCUGUUUAUGGUAUGGAUUCCUUCUGCAGUCUCUUCGACCCUUCAGACGGGAACCAGAGCAAGAAAAAAAAACAGAAGCCGCACCAGGACAGUGUGAAGAAAAAAACAGAGGCUCCAAAAGGUAGGCGCAGAGGACGCAAGUGCCAAGGCAAGAACGAGACCCUCCCGGAAGAGUCCUCUUUCCUCUGCGAGCCGGAGCUCAGCACGGAACUGCUGGUCAAAGAUGGCAGCUACAUAGAGAACUUUAUGGAAGUGAAUAAGAACGAAGAUACCAAAAACACUGGCGCCGAUAAGAAACCGAACAGGCGUAAUUCGUGCCGUAAGAGUAGACGGAAAAAGAACAAAGUGUCGCCGGCCAAAGAGCUAUCAGCUAACUCGGCUUGGGACGAAGAAGUGACGGACAAAUGUUUAAACAAUCAGUCGACAAAGCCAAAAAUAUGCGACGACAACAUUGGGAAGAACGUGAACGAUUUGAAAUUUGAUGACAGCAGAAAGAAUGAGAUGAGAUAUGCUGAUGAGGGCGAGCUACAAGACAAGGAAGUUUACAACGUGAUCGAUAAAUUGGAAAGGAUCAGAAUCAAAGAUGACUUGUAUUUGUCGGGGGACUUCGAUCCCGAAGAUCUGGAUAGCGACUUCUUUUGCAGUUUCGACGAAUUGGAUGACUCGUGUGAUGAUACUGACUCAGACGCGGACGAUUCCGGGGACGAGGUGUACGGUCGUCUGCCCCCCGAACCCAGGUUCGGUAAUGUGGAAUAUAAGUUACAAUUGGUGUCCCCUUGCGAGAGGCGAUUCCAACAUCUAGUUACACAGCUGAAGUGGCGGCUGCGGUCGGGCGGCGGCAGCGCGGUGUACGUGGUGGGCGUGCGCGACUGCGGCGCCGUGCGCGGGCUGCGCGCCGGCGCGCUGCGCGCCUCGCUGCGCGCGCUCCGCAGCAUGGCGGCGGCGCUGGCCGCGCGCCUCGCCAGCGUGGCGCUGCGCCGCCUCGCGCCGCGCCGCGCGCUCGCCGCCGUCUGCAUCCGCCGGCUUCCAGAUCCGCAGCAAAGCGUCGAACUGAGGGUAGCCGUGAUGGGGGCCAACGAGGCCGGCAAGUCUACCCUCAUUGGAGUACUAACUCAAGGUGAACUGGACAACGGCAGAGGGAGCGCCCGUCUCAACAUGUUUCGGCAUCUGCACGAAGUGAAGAGCGGCAGGACGUCCUCGCUCAGCCAUGAGAUACUGGGCUUCGACGCACAGGGUAACGUGGUGAACUACGGCUGUUCGGAGCUGAUGACGGCUGAGAGGAUCGGCGAGCGGAGCGCUAAGCUGGUCUCCUUCCUAGACCUGGCCGGGCACAGCAAGUACCAGAGGACCACGCUUCACGGCCUGUCUGGGUACUCGCCGCACUACGCCAUGCUUGUGAUAUCAGCGACGGCCGGCAUCACCCGCAUCACGGAGGAGCACGUGGGCCUACUCCUGGCCCUGGACCUUCCAUUCUUCGUGGUCAUCACCAAGUGUGAGCUGGCGUCCACCGUGCAGGCUUUGGUGGCGCGGCUGGCUACCAUGAUCGCGUCUGCCAACAAGAAACCUGUGUUAAUAACGGACGAGAGCAUGGCUCGCAGCUGCGUCGCGCCCGGAAAGCUCAUACGGGACUCGGUUGACGAAUUUUCAAGUGACAUGGAAAUAAACAAAGCGACUGACAACCAUCAGCGCGAGGCUGCGGCGGCUGCGGCGGCUGCGGCGGCGGAGGCGGAGGAGAUGCAGACGGUGGGCGUGUUCCCGGUGAGCUGCGUGCGCGGCGCCGGCCUCAACGUGCUGCACGCGCACCUGCUGGCGCUGCAGCCGCCGCGAGCCGCGCCCGCCGCCCGCGCUGAGGCGUGCGAGUUCCAAAUCGACGAGAUAUUCCACGUGGACGAGACGAGCGGGCCGGUGGUGGGCGGACUGCUGGCCCGCGGACAGAUCCUCGAGGGCGACCACCUCGUGAUCGGCCCGAUGGAGAGCGGCGAGUUCGUGGCGACGACGGUGCGCAGCAUCUACCGCAACCGCGUGCCGUGCGCCGGCGUGCGCGCUGGCCACUGCGCGUCGCUGGGGCUGCGGCCGCUGUCCGGCGGCCGGCCGCGGCCCGGACACGUGCUGCUGGCCGCGCCGCCGCCCGCCGCGCCCGCCGCCCGGCCGCGCGCCGCCGCCGGCUGCCCGCGCGGCCGCUGCAAGGCCACGAUUAUGGAAAACGUCAAGAGCAACCAGAGUACAAAACAGGAAAACAGAAAGUCAGUGAGACGGAAAAACAAGAACCUGCUGCAGGACCUGAUACACGUGGAGCAUUCGCUCGCUAAAGAGAUUGGCAACUUCGAGGAGAACAUCUACAAGGCGGACGCUGAGGACGACGGGCACCCCAUAAUGAAGUCCAUGAAGGAGGACGACGCCAGGGUGCCGGGGGACGGCGGUGACGCGAGCGAUCAGCAGUCCGGCGAUGGAGCCAGCGAUGAGGAUGACUGUAUCUGUGACGAUAAAGUGUAUCUCGAGGAUCCCAACGAUCCCAGAGGAUGCAUAUACUUCCAGGCGACCGUGCGUGUGCUGCGGCACGCGACGGCCAUCGCGCGCGGCUUCCAGGGCUCCGUGCUCGUCGGCAGCGUGCGCCAGACCGCCGCCGUCGAGGGUAUCUUGUCGGCGAAUGGGCAGCUGCGGGCGGGCGAGACGGCCUCGGUGCUGUUCAGGUUCGUGAGGUGUCCAGAAUACCUGGUGCGCGGACGGAGGCUGCUGUUCACGGCCGGACUUGGCACCAGAGCAAUUGGACGCAUCACCCAAGUGUUUCCCUACAUACCCUGAAGAACAUGCCAUCGGUUUCAGAUUGAAUAGUGUGAAAAUAAAUAAAUUACUUUAAACGAUGUACAGAGCACAUCUGCAAGGAAUGGAUACAUUAAUAAUUAGAUAUGACACAAUUUUCCUACUUACGCUACUUUAGUUUAAUGUUCCCCCUUGUUUUAUACAUCUUUUCUCUCACUCUACUUCAUUUUUUAUCUGUCCCGUUCAUAUUUCAAUAUUUUUUAUAGAUUUUUAACAUAGAGUAUCUUUUAGAUUUAAAAAAAAAAUUAAAUCGAAAGAUUAGAAAAUAUUUUAAAUAAAUUGGCGGGAUAAAUGUUGCCACCUCUGUUACAAAGUUAGUAGCUAGACUGUGUCCAAAAGUAGCCAUAUUGCCAGAUUUGUAUACUAGCAAAAGUGGCUACAGAUUCCUCUAUUAUCUACUAUUCUUAAUGUAUAGGUGUCAUUUACCAAAGACAAGGAAAAUACUUUAGUAAAUUAUUAAUCCAAUAUCAUACAGAAGUAGCAAAAUUUACUUACCACUUUAUAUAUUUAAUUAUUAGAUGACAAUUCUGAAUAUUUUGUUACAAUUAACCAAAAUAUGACUAAAGUAAAGGAAGCAAAUAUAAUGAACGCAAUUUAAAUACUUGCAAAAUAUUAAUAAUUUUUAAAUUAAAAAAAAAAAACAGUUACUAUACCAACUUCAUUAUCUAUGGUCGAGUUUUGGCGCGAAUUGUGCAUUUAUGAAUGCACAAUACGCGUUGAUUUUUAUGACUUUUCCUAUUUUAUAUUGUCUUAGUACAAUUAUAUAGAUAUAAUUAUUGUGUAACUAAAUUAAUUAUACACGUGAAAACUAAAGAUUAUUGACGCAUGUGUCAUGUGAAUGUUAUAAUUUUUUUUUACUUUUGAAUUAAGAAUUUGGUAUUACUUUUUUUUAUUUUUUUACUGUUUAACUCUCAGGGCAUAGCCUAUAGCUACGUUAUCUAAAUAUUUAUAAUUUUUAGUUGACAAAUUACGACGGACGUCAUGUGUGCGACUUUUUUUUUUCCUCUUUCUAGGCAAAGGAAUUACAUUAAAUUUGUUAUAUUUAAAUUCGUUGCGAUCUCAAACACGCAGUACAAAUACGAUGUUUUGCGGAGAUGUGGUCUAGAGUUUAUUUAUUUAAGAAACUAAAUCAUAAUUGGAACCAGUUAUGCAUAGAAAAUGCAUGUACACAAAAUAAUGCAACAUAAUGAUAUGGGGCCUAUUCUGAGGCUUCUUUUUUCUAAGCCUAAUUCUUAAUCUAAUAAUUUUAUGGAUUUUCGUAAACAAGUUAUAUAGUAAUUUUUAUUUUAUUAGAAAUAUUGUUCAUAUUGGUCCGUGGAAUAAAAAAUUUCGGUUAUGCCAAAAUGUAAUUUAACUUGAACAGCUAUAGUUUAAGUAUAUAUAAAUACCUGACGGGGCAAUAAGUAAUCGUUUGUCAUGAUUGUGGUGUGUCCUGAAUGUUACUUGUAGAAAAAUAAUAAUUUACUAGUUACGAACCUCGUAUAUAUGACGCUGACAGAGAUGGUAGUAAAAAUGGCAACCGAUCGUCAUAGAGGGAAAAAAGAAAAUUAAAUUUAUUUGUAAAGUGUUGUGAAGGUUUUGUUUUAUAUUUAUUAGUAUGUACUGACAUAUCUGCGGAACGCAGUGUUGAUCUGCACUUCAAAGUACUUUGUAGAAAUUAGUAAAUAUUACUUAAGUAUAUUGAAUUUGAUUUAUAAUUUUAAAUACAUAUGACAAAGACGCCAUCUUGUUUUUUUGGCGCCAACUAUAGAUACAAUGAAUUAAUCAUUAUUUUAGGAAAUAAAUUAAGCAUGAUUUAACUUAAGCAUUAACUUGCACUUUAAUAAUUUACUCAUAUAUAUUACUGCGCAGACUUCGUUCAUUUUGUUCAAUUGUUUCUUGAAAUUUCGCAAACAGCGGGGUUGAAUCGACAGAGCCAAAUAAGUUCGAUGCGAACGAUUGCUCUUUGUCAAGUUUGCUUCUCAACACUUAAGUGACAGUUAAAUCAACUUUUCUCCAAUAAACUGCCAUUUAGGCGGUUUACGAUAUAGUGGCAAAAAAAUAUAUUUAUGCAAGUAAUUUUAGUUCCUAAAUCGCUCAGUAGAGGCAGCACCCUCGUUCGGUAGGUAAUUUUUAAACAAUAUAAAUAAUGAAAUUUGAUAGCAAAUAUUGUAUAAUUUUCAAUUGUCGCAACCCACCACUUAAGUGAUCACCCCAUAGUUUAUGGAAUUCCGGAUUUAUCUCGUGCAAUAGCGAUAUACAAAUUGUAAAAUACUAUAAAUACUUAAUCAGCACAUGCAAUUUCAAUAAAAUAAUUUCAAUUUAA